AUUUCAAUUUCAAUUUCAACGAGUGUGGGAUCUCAGGAUUUCAGAAAGAGCGGCCAACCACAUAGAGCUUCGCUUUCGCGUCGCUCCGUGGCUGUGAAAUAGAGAGAGAUUCUAGGUGGUGCGUAAUGCUGGAAUCCUGAAGUGUAAGUGGGUUUCUGUGUCUUUUCGGUGAAAUAUUUGCGAAGGUGGAAUUGCAAGCACUUUCGAUUUUGAUGAAGGAUUGACGAAGACGAUGACUCUUAAGCCCCUCUUCUCCUCCCAAUCUCUGCAAUUCAGGUAUGUCUCCGAAAACCCAAGUUUAUUUCUUUAUCGGUUAUUCUGCUCCGGAAGUUCGGCCCCAGCCCCAACCCCUAACGACGCCGUUGAGACUGUUUUCCGCAUAGUAAGUAGCUCCACCUGUUCCAAAGACUUGAAGCAAUCUCUGAAAUCAAGUGGGGUUUUCCUCUCCAAUGAUUUGAUCGAUAAGGUUUUGAAAAGGAUCAGAUUCAGCCAUGCCAAUCCUUUGCAAGCUUUGGAGUUUUUCAAUUACACUGGAAAUAGGAAAGGGUUUUACCACACUGAGCUAUCUUUGGAUACGAUGCUUUAUAUCUUAGGAAGAAGCCGUAUGUUUAACAAAAUUUGGGAUCUGUUGAUUGAUGCCAAGCACAAAGACAGAAAUAUAAUAACCACACGUACUGUAAUGGUCGUUUUAGCUAGAAUUGCUAAGGUAUGUUCGGUUAGGCAGACUGUGGAGUCUUUUAGGAAGUUCAAGAAACUUGUACCUGAAUUCGAUACCAAUUGUUUCAAUGCUCUGUUGAGAACUAUGUGUCAGGAAAAGAGCAUGACAGAUGCUAGAAAUGUGUAUCAUAAUUUGAAGCACAAAUUUAGGCCCAAUCUGCAAACUUUUAACAUAUUGUUGUCAGGGUGGAAGUCGUCCGAAGAAGCCGAGGGAUUCUUCGAGGAGAUGAGGGAAAUGGGUGUGAAACCAGAUGUUGUUUCGUAUAAUUGUUUGGUUGAUGUUUAUUGCAAAGGUAGAGAAAUGGAAAAGGCAUUUAAGAUGGUUGAGAAAAUGCGAGAGGAGGAGAUAAUCCCCGACGUAUUUACCUAUACCAGCAUUAUCGGGGGAUUGGGGCUGGCUGGUCAGCCUGAUAAAGCCAGAAAUGUUUUGAAGGAAAUGAAGGAAUAUGGUUGUUACCCGGAUGUUGCAGCGUAUAAUGCUGCAAUAAGAAACUUCUGCAUUGCAAAGAGGCUUGGUGAUGCGUAUAGUUUGAUGGAUGAGAUGGUAAGCAAGGGCUUGACUCCAAAUGCAACUACAUACAAUCUGUUCUUCAGGGUAUUUUUCUGGUCAAAUAACUUGCAAAACUCAUGGAAUUUGUACAGGAGGAUGAUGGAUACUGGUUGCCUGCCAAAUACACAAUCUUGUAUGUUCCUAAUUAAGUUAUUUAGGAGGCAGGAAAAGGUUGAGAUGGCACUUCAGCUGUGGAAUGACAUGGUGCAGAAAGGUUUUGGGUCUUAUAUAUUGGUAUCUGAUGUGCUGUUUGAUUUGCUUUGUGAUGAGGGGAGACUGGUGGAAGCAGAGAGGUGCUUCUUGCAAAUGGUCGAAAAGGGGCAUAAACCAAGUAACGUUUCUUUUAGGAGGAUCAAGGUACUCAUGGAAUUGGCAAACAAGCAUGAAGCUAUUCAAAACUUGUCCCAGAAAAUGGCCCUUUUUGGAACUUCAAUCAGUCUUCCGGAAAGUAGAGAUAUUUCAAUGGACAAAUCUCAUUUAGACUUGGUUCCAUGUUGAAUGAUAUGUUAACGGUUACCAUGAUUUGUAAAAUUGGUUGAAUUACACCAUUUACUUCAUAGGCCCGCAUAAGUGUGAAGAUAUAGUAGUUUUAGUUUUUUGGCACAUAACAAUUCUUUCACACUCUUGCCUGAUGCACCUCCUUUAUGGCUAUUUAAUGUUGGAAUAUUGAAGUGCGGCAACUGCGCCUCUUCCAUGUGUCC